AAGAGAUUAUGAUCUACAUAACAUCUAGGUCUGUAAGACAACGAGAAAGAUGUACCGUCUUGUGACUGUUCUCGUGUUUCUAGUCGGUUUGUCUUCAGGGGCAAUAAAUAACAUAGAAUGCACCCACGGCCAUCACCGUCACCAUGCCCGGGGGACGGGAUACUACCCAGCGGACGAUCCCAUUGAAGGGGGAUUUGUGGAUAUGCGUGAUCACAAGUUACAAACACUACAGGAUUAUCUUGAGGGACGAGUUCAUCACGUAAGUGUUGCUAUGGAUAACCACGCAGGGAUUCCCUAUGGAACUCAUGUUUGCAUCCCCGAAUUGAAUAGGAAGUACAACAGAUUCAUCGAUUUCAUUGUUGUGGAUACAGGGCCCGCUUUUUAUGGAAAGGGAUACAGCAGAAUAGACAUAUGUUGUCGUACUGAGCACGAUACCUUUGACAACACCAUUAAUGGACCUCUCACUCUUGUAUUUCAUUAAAUUAAUAUGAU